AUGUCCUCUCCCAAGGUCUGGCUUAUCACCGGAGCCUCGCGUGGCUUGGGGUUUGAACUUGCCAAGGCUGCUGCGAAGGUAGGACAUGUUGUCGUAGCAGGCCGACGCAGCUCCAAGCCAACUCCCCAGACUGCCGAAAUUGAAAACCUCGGCGGCACGUGGGUCGAGCUGGACAUGAAGUCUAAAGACAUUGAGUCUACGAUAGCGGCUAUUAAAGACCGCCACGGGAAAAUAGAUGUGGUUAUCAAUAACGCUGGAUACGGCCUUGGCGGGACUGCCGAGGAUAUCAGCAUGGAGGAAAUCCGGGACGUUUUUGAGGUGAAUGUCUUCGGCCUUAUUCGAGUCUGCCGCGCCGUGUUUCCCUUGAUGCGCAGCCAGGGUGGCGGUACCAUUGUCAAUGUUAGCAGCGUGGAUGGGAUCAUAAGCCCUCCAGCAAUCAGUGCAUAUUCCGCCUCAAAACAUGCUCUUGAGGGUUUCACCGAGGGCUUUGCGCCGGAGGUUGAGCCCUUCAACAUCCGGACAUUGAUCGUUGAACCCGGUACCAUGAAGACCGAGUUUGUGGACCCAACGGGAUCAGCAGUGACUGCCCUUAUAAGCGAGCCAUACAAGGGCACGGUAGCGGAUCAAAUUCUUCAGUACGUGUCGGAUGAUAAGCGGGUUCAGGAGCACGGAGCCAGCCCUCAGCUUACGGCAGCUCGCAUUGUCGAGGCGGUCGAUCGGACUGGUAUGUUUGCCGAGCGGGAUCUUGGCUUGAGGCUUCCACUAGGAAAGGACAGCGAGCACGUCUUGGAGUGGGGGAAGAAACUCGUCAAAGAGUUCGAAGGCUUGCAGGAUGUGGCUUUGAGUGUUCACACCCAGUGA